GGCGGUGAUCGGCGCAAGCACUGAACACUGAGGGCGUCCGACAGGUACCCACGUCCACAGAAAUCCACAACACUUUUACGGGCACCGCAGUUUUAUGUGUUAAUAUGUGUUACCCAUUCUAAUAAAAUGGAUUCAUAGAGAUUCAUUCUAUUGCUAUGGAGACUUAGACUACAAGAAUGAUGGAAGGAGCAGAUGGAUUGAACAAUAAUUUUAUCAACCAGUCCAAGGUUAACGUUAAGACAUCCUUGCCGCCGACAAAGAUUACAGAUGUGUUUCUAGAGGAAGAAACCUUAACGCUAUGGCGACCAGCUACAGACACUAAACAAUACUACCUCAUUCCAGAGACUCUCCGCGGAGAUGAAUGGCCCAUGCUUCUUCAACUGUAUUACACAAAAUUCGAUUGCGUCAGUUGUGUACUGCCUUUUGAUGACGCAAUUCCGGUCAUUACCCACCAAGCCACGACCUUGCUGCCUACACAGGACUAUUCCAUCCUUCGGAAUUAUCCUAGAAUUAAAGGACUUUGGUUCCGCCCGGAUCGAUCCGACUCCGUCGGACUUGACGAUGAAUCCAUGGUCGGCAAUAUCAAAUUCUCGUUCACGUUUCCGGAAGAGGAGAGAGAAAAUCUUUUAAGCAGCAUGAAUAUCUACUUAUUGGAGGUUUUAGACUAUGAAUCGGAUGAUAAAUCGGUCUCUCGAUUUCUCAUAACGAAGGAGGAAUACAAAGAACUUCCUAAAUAUAACAUUUUUAAACCAGGUGGACCGAUUUUUAUUCAAAAGGAGAAGAGCGAGGAAGGGGUGGAAUCAGAGACGUAUUAUUUUCUGAAAAUCUGCCAAAGUUACAAAGGCAAAGCAAUGGAGCACGUCGUAGAACUGAUUCUGGAAGAGGACCCCUGGCCAAUGUGCAAAAUAUCGUCAGUGACACACAAGCCACUCUGCAGUCGAUCGAUGGUCCACGACCACACAGAAGACUUGACCAGAGAACACCACUUCAACAUGCGAUAUUUUGGAGCCGCUUGGGACCAAGCAUUGGCCGGCCUGUUUGCUUGGUCCCUUCGGACCAAUAUCCCAUGGUUAGUGUACGAGAGACUUCAUGACAAUAUCAAGGGGUCGGUUAAUCUGGCAGCUCUGACUACACCCUUUCAGCAGGUUUUCACUGCAAACGUUCCUGCUAUCUGCAGCAAGAAAAUCGAUCUACUCUUUCAGUUGGCACCGUUUGUUGACAAGUGUGAGAACCAGCAAGAUCUGGUCCAACUCAAAGACCUCCACAACUCCCUCCAUACCUGUAGCGCCUCUUGUACGUUUAAAAGUUUGAAAAAUAUAGAAAUGAACAAAAUUCUGACUCCCUAUUUGUCUUUGUUGGAGAGAGUUAUUGCCUGUGUCUCGGUCACCGUCAGGCGAGAGCUAAUGAACGCACUUAUUCCUUGGUCAGUGAUGGCGUACCACUUUCACAAUCACCAGAUUGAAAGUUGUAUGAAAAUGGUUGGAUUUAUUUACCAACUAGAGGGAAUUCGGGAUACAAGUAGACCCCAGGAAUCUUCGUUGAACAGUUCGUUUUUCUUCCCCUCCACAUCCGGAGACUACACCACAGAUGUCACAUCCGGAAUUCACUCGUUGUGUACGUCUCCGGUCACAUGGGAGGACAUGAGUCCAUGAACUCAAUGCUCGUCUUUGUUUUAGAUAAUUAAUCAGUUUGAUAUUAUUAAACGUUGUCUCCAAACUUUUGGAGACAGGGAUUACAGCUUAA